GGAGAGGACAGGCCGAGCCUGGGCGUGUAGUGUACCGGGAGCUGUGUCACUGAGCCGCUCUUUCUGUACACCUUGUAUCUGCUGCACCGCCUAGUAUACACGUGCAGCGAGUGCUCCUUGGACCUUUGCUCCAAUCUGCAGAAUGAUGUCUUCACGAGUGCUCAGCAUGGUUGGACGGAGGGCUCUGUCUUCCUCUGCCUAUCUGCAGGGUCAUGCCAGCAUUGCCAUUCCUGAAUUCACUCUUCCUAAAUACCAUGACAAUCGCAGUGUUCCUCUGCCUGAAGUUUCAUUCUUGGGAGAACUUUCACCGGAGCUGAAGGCACUGAAAGAAAAGGAGAAGGGAGCAUGGGCCUCUCUGAGUGCUCAGGAGAAGGUGGAAUUGUACCGCAUCAAGUUCAACCAGACUUAUGCUGAUAUGAACAAGGGAUCAAAUGAGUGGAAGACAGUCUUCGGAGCCACACUCUUCAUUGUUGGCUUCACUUCUUUAAUUAUCAUUUGGCAAAGAAAAUAUGUGUUUGGUGAACUUCCGCAUACUCUGUCCGAUGACUGGGUAGCCAAGCAGACCAAGAGAAUGCUGGAUAUGAGGAUCAACCCUAUUGAAGGGUUUUCCGACAAAUGGGACUAUGAAAAGAAUGAGUGGAAGAAAUAAAAUGUCUUAUCAGGCCUGCUCCAGUUCUGCCGACCAGAACCUUGUUAAUGUAUUUUGCUGUGGUCCAUUCACAAUGAUACCUCAUUGCUUAAGUACUGGAAUGUUUCUACUUAAGUUAUGCAACCAAUAAAGUGCUAGUUUUACUUGA